AGUGAAGAACUAACGAUCAAAAUAGAAGCAUAUUUUGAAAGUUCAUGUCAGUAAUUAACUGUUCACAAAUAAUUAUUAGAAGAGGGAGUGGAUCGCUUACAAUCAAUUGCCUUGCUAAGGGUACCGGGUGCUACUAGCAAGUUAGUUGCUGAUGAUGGCGUCGUCGAUGGCGACAGAGCCGAAUUUAAGUUCGGGUGCAAUGGUACCCCCAGCUGCUGAGUCUGUCGUACCUGCUUGCAUGUUUGCACCUGAGCGGGGAUGUACAGAAGACGGAACCUGCACAGAGAGCUUCGAGGACGGUGAUAUACUCAACGGUGAGCCCGGGGAUCAUUUAGACCUCACCAGCAAGUUUGCGCUGGUGAGCCCCAAUGGGGAGCAGUACGACUCACUGCUGCGACAGCUCAGAGACCGCAUGGAGGAGGGCUGCGGGGAGACCAUCUAUGUCGUGGGAGUGGGCUCCGACGGUGGUGACUAUGGUUUAUCUGAAGCGGACAUGGAGGCGUCGGUGGCCACGGUGCAGUCGCUUACCGAGCAGCUGGAGGCCGACCUCAUCCUCCUGCGGGAGCGCACUGAGGCAGGAGGACGUGUGCGUGACUACCUCAUCCGCCGAAGGGUGGGCGAGGCAGACUUCCUGGAGGUCAGGGUGGCCGUGGUUGGAAACGUGGACGCAGGCAAGAGCACUCUGCUAGGUGUGCUGACCCAUGGCGAGCUGGACAACGGACGUGGCUUUGCCCGUCAGAAGCUCUUCCGGCACAAACAUGAGAUGGAGAGUGGGCGCACCAGCAGCGUGGGUAAUGACAUCCUUGGUUUCGACCAGGAGGGCCAGGUAGUCAACAAGCCUGACAGUCACGGGGGAAGCCUAGACUGGACUAAGAUCUGUGAGAAGUCCUCCAAAGUCAUCACGUUCAUUGACCUGGCCGGCCACGAGAAGUACCUGAAGACCACUGUGUUCGGAAUGACGGGCCACCUGCCUGACUUCUGCAUGCUGAUGGUUGGAAGCAAUGCUGGAAUUGUUGGCAUGACAAAGGAACACCUGGGCCUGGCGCUGGCUCUCAAUGUCCCCGUGUUUGUGGUUGUGACCAAGAUAGACAUGUGUCCCACCAACAUUCUGCAAGAGACCCUCAAGCUGCUGCAGAGGCUGCUGAAGUCUCCAGGCUGUAGGAAGAUCCCCGUUCUGGUGCAGAACAAAGAUGAUGUCAUCGUCACUGCCUCCAACUUCAGUUCUGAGAGGAUGUGCCCCAUCUUCCAGAUAUCCAAUGUGACAGGAGAAAACAUGGACCUGCUGAAGAUGUUCCUCAACUUGCUCUCGUCCAGGACAUCGUACAGUGAUGAGGAGCCUGCAGAGUUUCAGAUUGACGACACAUACUCUGUACCGGGCGUGGGCACCGUGGUGUCGGGUACCACAUUACGAGGGUUGAUACGGCUUAACGAUGUGCUGCUGCUGGGCCCUGACCCCCUGGGAAACUUCAUCCCCAUCGCAGUCAAGUCCAUCCACCGCAAAAGGAUGCCAGUGAAAGAGGUCAGGGGUGGCCAAACGGCUUCCUUUGCUCUCAAGAAGAUCAAGCGCUCCUCCAUCAGGAAAGGCAUGGUGAUGGUAUCACCAAAGCUGAGCCCACAGGCAUCCUGGGAGUUUGAGGCGGAGAUUUUGGUGCUACACCACCCCACCACCAUCUCGCCAAGAUACCAGGCCAUGGUGCAUUGUGGGAGCAUCAGGCAAACGGCAACCAUCCUGUCUAUGAGCAAAGACUGUCUGCGGACAGGGGACAAAGCCACGGUGCACUUCCGCUUCAUCAAGACCCCAGAAUACCUACACACAGAGCAGAGGCUGGUCUUCAGGGAAGGAAGGACCAAAGCUGUAGGCACCAUCACUAAGCUGCUGCAGUCCAGCAAUAACCUACCCUCCAAUGCCAAACCCCCACAAAUGAAGAUGCAGUCCACAAAGAAGACUGCGCCACGCCGGGAAGAUGCCGUGGCUUCAUCACUCAACGAGGAGAUGGCAUCUCAGGGGCGACCGACCAGCCCACACUCAGUGCAGCAGCAGACAGCGGGGGAGGAGGACUUGCAGAGUAAAGAUGGCAACAAAGAGAACAAGCCGAAGUCAGGAGGUGGAGGCAGAAGACGAGGAGGCCAGCGCCAUAAAAGCAAAUCUCUCACCAGCUCAACAGUGACCUCUGCUGGAGGUGUAGGAGGGUCUUAAUCGCCCCUUCCCCCCAACUUUUCUAUGUCUCUGUAAAAAGUCUGUCUGACCACAUGCGCUGAGUUGAAAGCACACCCAGGUUGAUUGCCCCCAGUCCUUCCCAUUUUGUCUAUUCUUUUAACUCCAUCAGAAGUGAGCCUCUGUUCUUCAUGCAUUCACAGUCUAUCCACUCAUCCAGAUAAGCUUAGUUAGGGUUUUUUUUUUUUCCCCCCAGUUGAUCAGACCCAUGUGUUAAAGUUCCACGGCAUAUGCCAUUCUGAUAUUCUCCAUGGCUAUUGCAGUCAUUAAUUUGGAGUUUGUUGAGAUUCUUCUUUCAGAAGAGUCUUCUCCACACCUGUUGUACAACUCUUUCAUGGGAUGUACGUGAUGGGGAGACAUUCAUCACCCUCCAUGUGUCCAGUUCAAGGUGCUUAAGCACUGAAUAACAACUGCACCUUAUUCGAUUGGCACAAUGGCACAUUCAUGUGUGGGGGGGGUGUCAUAUCUCGCCUACACUAAGUGUAACCAUCAUCACUGGAAAGCUGUGGAAAGCAGUUCAUGGGGUUUAAGGGUAAAUUAUACCUCUUCUGAUCUUUCCAACCUGGCUCAGCUUCACAGCGCUUGUGGCUUUUAUAUAAUGUUUUCAUAAAAAAAAAAAGGAAGGAAGGAUAAAGUCUUGUAGAAAGAAAAUGAGCAUCUUGCAUUUCUCACACAUUGUGUUUUUGCUACAGCUGAAUGCAUGCUCUCAAUGUGAAUUUAACCAGACCAAAACUAGCUGGCCCUUCAUUGCAGUGAGGAAGGUCUGCCCUUCACAGGAAGGGACCUCAUUAGCUGCCUAGCAUCACCAAAGUGCGUGACUAGCUGCGAGUGCCGACCCUUGUAUAAGGGGUCCACAAGUAGAAGCACAUGGCAGCAAAUGCCCUGUGCUAGAAAGUUCCUUGUCAAUUUAUCUGGAAAUCAGAUUAAAAUCCUCCAAAGAGUAAAUUGUCCUGAUACAGCAAGAAGCUUGUGAGUUCCUGCCAAUAUAAUUGUACGAUACCGGUACAUGUUAAGAGCGAACAAAUAAUUUACGGCCUUCUUUUUUAGAAUAGACAUAGCUGAGUGUCUCGGCCUUCACUGGAGGAAAAACAAAAUGAAUAAUAAAAUAGAUUGCAAUGUAUUCAGAUUUGAAUAGGAUACAGGUUUGGUAUAAUCAGAGGAAUUUAAACGGUGUGUUUGGGAUUAGGCGAGUAGGAAUUUGCUUUGUGCUAUGCAAAAUUCCUUCUCACCCAGCACUGUUGUAUCUGAUUAUGUAGUUUGUGGGCAUUUGAGGAGACUAGCAGCACCCAAGUGCUACAGCUGCAGCCCCAUCGGGGGCCCGCAGGGCUUUUCGUCGUCUUCUCCGUCACUGUUUUCCAGAUCAGGAGGGCGUGGCAUGCAUAAGUGAGCUCGGAUGGCUGGUCCCUCUGAAAGCAGACUGUAUGGACGGGUCAAUGUACACGCUGUAUCUACCAGUUUAUACUGAAUUGAUUCUGAAACCACCUGUCAUGCCGAAUAAUCUCGUAAUCUUGCUUUGGGUCCUCAGCGGUCAUUUUGAGAGCAGUAUUUUCUUUAAAUUACUUUUUGGUAGGAGAUUGGUCUGCCAAAACCACCUUUUUUCUUUAAAAGCUGCAAAAAUUGUUGUCACAUGGCAUUCAGCUUUCUUUGUUUAAUGCCUUAAAUGCUGUCGAGGCUCCUUUUGUUCAUGGAUUCCUGCUUGAGAAAUGUGAUGAGACUUCAUUUCAACUGAAGGUGCUCUUUGUAAUUCUCUGUAUCUCAAGUUGAAUUUCCAUAAGUCUUGACUGGCGGGCCCUGAACAGGCAGCAUGCCGAUAUCACGAGGGUAGAUUCCCCUAAAGAUACCCACCACUGAGGGAUCAAGACCUUAUCUGACAAACCAGUAUCUUGGUGGCUGUGUAGGUUGUGUACAGAAUUGCAAAUGUAGAGCUGCACUGUCCCAACUUGAGGUCUCACACCACUUAGCUUUGUUUUCAGUGUUGAAAGAAUGGGGGGGAACAACCUUAACCAACUGAGUUGAUGUGAAUAUUUAUUUACACCGGGGAGUCGAAUGUCUGAAGACGGACUAAGUUAAAACAUAAUUAUUUCUAUUCUUUUUCUAAGAUUAAGGAUUUUUAUUAGGUUUUUUCAAAUAGUAUUUCUUUUAAUAAGGCAUGGGUUCAAAAGAAAAUGUGUAGGUUAAAGGAUUUUAACAAACGAAUUGUUGAAAUGCCAUGCGUUUUCCCCCUUUUUUAUAGUAUUGCAUGACUUAUUUUCGAGAGACAUUUUAUGUAUGUGUAAAAAGGAAUUUUUUUAAAAAAAAUCAUCAGUGGUGUGAGUUUGUGUUGUACAUCCUUCUAAAUAAAUUAUAAAGUA